UUAUUACCACCGUCAACAGCAUCCAUUCCAUUCCUCUCGCAGGCGCCGCCGCCACCUUCUCUCUGGACCCCUCCCCCGCCGCCGAUUUCCGGUAGACAAGGCAGAUCCGCCACGUCGGGGGACCGGAUCCACCUGGGGCGGCCGGAAGGCCAGUCGAUCCGCGUCGCUGACGCCGGGAAGCCAGCCCGGGCUCGUCCCCCUCACCUCCGUCGGCGCUCGCUUAGGGUUUGUGCUCCAAGUGCCGUGGCACGUUUGAUCUGCUGCAUCCACUCCACUGUCCAGCCUUCGCCAUGGAGCAUGCCUGCAUAAACUUCACCACCGUUGCGCGCUCGGUGCGGCUGCUCAAGGUCGACGGCUUCAGCCUUACCGAGAGCAUGGGCAACGACGAUUGCGUCAAAUCCAGAUGGAGUUUCGAUGGGUACGAGUGGGAAGUCCGAAUCUAUCCCGCAACGAACUGCUCCGUAGCAGUGGAGGUUGCCUUUCUCAGCAGACCCCGCAAAGGCAGUGUGAGGGCGGCAAUAGGCUUCCGGAUGGUCGAUCCGAGAGGGAUGAUCAAGCCAUCCAAUGAACUUUGCGUGUCUUGGGUGUUCAGUAAUCCCCAAGAAUGCUCACCCAAAAAGGUUGUCGCGGGAAGACGUGAGCUGGGAGCAUCGGGUUUUGUCAGGGCUGAUUCUUUCACAAUGCAGUGCACCAUUACCGUUCUCAAGGAACUGCCUGAUACAGCACCGGAUACGGUCGAAGAAGUGACGGUGCCAUCCUCAAAUCUGCACCGGCACCUCGCUGAUCUCCUGCAGAGCGAGACUGGAGCAGAUGUCACCUUUCUCGUGUCUGGCGAGUCCUUCGCCGCGCAUAAAAACAUACUGGCCGCGAGAUCUCCGGUUUUCAUGGCCCAGUUCUUUGGAGACAUGAAGGAGAAGUGCUCGCAGCGUGUGGAGAUCAGGGACAUGGACCCUGUGGUGUUCAGGGCUCUGCUUCACUUUAUCUACACCGAUGCCGUGGCGGAACUCGAUGAGAAGGAUGAGGCGGCGACGGUGAUAGCACAGCACCUACUUGCGGCGGCUGAUAGGUAUGGACUGGAUAGGCUCAAGCUGAUCUGCGAAGGCAAGCUCUCCGGUGGCAUCGAUGUUGACACGGUUGCAACAACUCUGGCUUUAGCAGAGCAGCAUGAUUGUCCACAGCUCAAGGCCAAGUGUGUCGGGUUCAUCGUUAGAAGUCCUGCAGUUCUUGAUGCUGUGCUGGCGACGGAUGGGUACAAGCACCUGGAGGCAUGCUGCCCAUCGGUGCUGGCCGACCUUCUCAAGUCAAGUCUGCGCAUGGGAGGAAGAAGUGAUGCAUAAAUAGGUGCUACUUGAGGUCCAAAAUAUGAUCGAUGCAUAGUCUCUGUUUGUGUUUGUGAUGUAUGUAUGUCUAGUUAACUUGUCCAAUGAACUGAAGCUCUGUUAGGUUAUUGUAUGUCUGCUUGUUAUGCAUGCACAUGUCUAGUAGCAAAUUGUGUUCCCCUGACUUUUGUUACGUGCAACAUUACUACUUUCCGUUCCUGUUCACUGUGAUGUAGUAAUUUAGUGCUAAAUGGUUCCAGAUUU